AUGAAAGGCGCAUUAGUCAUAUUUCUUACCCUCAUAAGCCAAGUUUCAUUUGUAAAAUGUUACGAGGGAGAAAAAUACGAGACCCUUCGAAAAUUCCUCCUCCCUGAGAGCUUAAACAGAUCAAACAAUUACAUAACUGAUGAGGAUUCAGCUCAUCAGUAUUCGCCAGUAUAUAUUGGUCCUCAAGAGGGGUUUAAAGCAGCCAACAAAAUCAUCGCAUUGCCAGGGGAACCAAAAGGAGUAAAGUUUGAUCAAUAUUCAGGGUAUGUCACUGUUGAUCCUACGGCUGGUCGAGCUCUCUUUUACUAUAUUUCGGAGUCCGAAAACCCUUCUAGCAAGCCUCUUGUGCUGUGGUUAAACCAAGGGCGUGGCUGCUCUUCUCUGGGUGUUGGAGCGAUGAGUGGACAAGGACCAUUUCGAGUUAGUAAAGAUAACAAAACACUAUGGCACAAUGAAUAUGCCUGGAAUAAAGGGUAUGUCACUGUUGAUCCUACGGCUGGUCGAGCUCUCUUUUACUAUAUUUCGGAGUCCGAAAACCCUUCUAGCAAGCCUCUUGUGCUGUGGUUAAACCAAGGGCGUGGCUGCUCUUCUCUGGGUGUUGGAGCGAUGAGUGGACAAGGACCAUUUCGAGUUAGUAAAGAUAACAAAACACUAUGGCACAAUGAAUAUGCCUGGAAUAAAGUGGCAAACAUACUUUACUUGAAAUCACCGGCAGCUGCUGGAUUUUCUUACUCAAACACGUCAUCUGAUUACACUAUUGGAGAUAAACAAACGGCAAAAGAUUCUUACACAUUCCUAAUAAAUUGGUUGGAAAGAUUCUCUGACUACAAAAGCAGAGACUUUUACAUAGCUGAAGAAGCUUAUGCAGGCUUUUUCGUACCUGAACUUGCUUAUCUUAUCCUCCAUAACAACAAAAUAACGAACCAAACGGUGAUUAACUUGAAAAAAACACAAAGCAAGGGACUAUAUGAUUUUUUGAGGUCACAUAGCCCAAUAUCUGAUGAAAUAUAUCACGGUUUAGUUUCAAAUUGCACUUGUAAUAAGUACGCCGAACAAGCGGUGAAGGCAAUGGGAAACAUCAAUCGCUACAACAUAUAUGCUCCAGUGUGCUCUUCUACUUCCAAUGCUCCUUGGAUAUACGGUGAAGAUCCAUGCGCGGAUGAUUAUGCGUUAUCCUACCUAAACAAUCCUGAAUUGGACUUAUGGGUUACUGGAGCUUUACCUACCAUUAGGGAGCUAAUGGCAGGUGGCAUUAACGUAUGGAUGUAUAGUGGAGAUACAAAUAGCUUUAUACCCGUGACGGCAACUUGGUAUGCCAUAAAGAAGCUAGGGGUAGCCGUGAAAGCCCCUUGGUACUCCCAAGGCGAGGUUGCAGGAUUUGUGGUGGAAUAUGAGAACUUAACAUUUGUGACUCUUAAAGGAGCUGGAUUGUUCGCUCCCAGCUAUAAGCCUGCCCGCUCACUCGCUAUGUUCUCAUCAUUCUUGGAAGGAAAGCUUCUUUCAUCAAGCUAG